GCUCAAGGAAGGGAACUACACUCAUGUAUUUGGGAUAAUAUAAUUAAACAUGGUUUUGUUUAUACAUAUACACUGUAUUAUAUUAUGUUGGUUCUAGUUUGGAAGACUUGGAUUAUUAUCUUUAAAGCAGCAUCUUAUGAGGGGGCAAUAAACACGACACCAGUCCGGUUCCUAGGGAUUCCACUCCCGUUUUUGCACCGACCCGGACUCCAUGUUGAUCCGACAGCAACGGAGCGAACAAGUGCUCUGGCCGAAAACUGAGGUUGCAACUCUGUGUGUGCAAGAAGUAAAGUGUGUACUCGUGUGAGUCUGUGACCCUCCGAAAAAAAAAAAAAUGGCAGACUACCGGGACGACACAGGAGCUCGAGCCCUGCUUGCUUUACAAUCGGCGCCGUGUAGCCCUGUGCGCGUCGCGGUCACAUCGCACGCUUAUCACCAGCCCUCGCUCGCCUUCUUUGGUCCUCCGGUGAUGGAAGCUCGCACCGACGCCGGGAUUCUUCCCGUGGGUCUCGCUUCUCCUGCUCCGCAGGCCCUGGCCAGACUCGAGGGCCGGGACUUUGAGUAUGUCAUGCGCCAGAGGACAGUCACCAUAGGCCGGAACUCGUCUCACGGCUCCGUUGACAUCAACAUGGGUCACUCGAGCUUCAUUUCACGGCGACACUUGCAGGUUAUCUACGAUGAGGCGAGUGGUUUCUCCCUCCGGUGCUUGGGCAAGAACGGCGUCUUCGUUGACGGGGUGUUCCAGCGGAGAGGAGCAGCACCGCUGCUCCUUCCCAGAGAGUGUAUGUUUCGGUUUCCCAGCACGGUCAUCAAGAUCCAGUUCUCGUCACUCCUGGAGGCCGAGGAGCACAGAGAGAAGGAGCAGCCCUCUCCUCCCCCACGUCCGCUUAUGCCCCACAUCUCUCCCCUCAAAAUCAGCAUUCCCACCAUGCAGCAGCAUGAAGAGCACAUCAGGGCGUUUAGCUCCCCGCUGCCCUCGCCCACAGGUACCAUCAGUGUUCCUAACUCUUGUCCAGCCAGUCCACGUGGGGCAGGGUCAUCAGGGUAUCGCUAUGGAUGCAAUGUGACCUCCGACCUCCAGUUAGCAGCUGAAUAUGCUGCCAAGGCUGUUUCUGAACAGAGACGAAGCUUAGCUGAGCAGAGAAGUGGGGGAUGUGAGCAGCGGGGGGAGGCAGCUGGUGGAGACAGCCCCAAGGAUGAGUCCAAGCCUCCAUAUUCCUAUGCACAGCUGAUCGUCCAGGCCAUCUCUUCUGCCCCGGACAAACAGCUGACUCUCAGUGGCAUCUAUGCCUACAUCACAAAACACUACCCCUACUAUCGCACUGCAGAAAAGGGCUGGCAGAAUUCAAUCAGACACAACCUGUCUCUCAACCGCUACUUUCUGAAAGUGGCCCGCUCUCAGGAUGAGCCUGGGAAAGGGAGUUUCUGGCGUGUGGAUUCUGCCUCUGAGAGCAAGUUGGUGGAGCAAGCCUUCAGGAAGAGACGGCAAAGAGGAGUGGCUUGCUUUAGGACGCCAUUUGGACCUCUCUCUUCUAGAACAAAGAGUGCCCCUGCAUCCCCCACCCACCAGGGACUUCUUUCUUCUCCAUCCAGUGGGCUGCAGACUCCAGAGUGUCUGAGCAGAGAGGGCUCUCCUAUCCCCCAUGAUCACCACGAACAUCUGACUAACAAACUGGCAUCUGUACCAGAGUACAGGUACUCUCAGAGCGCCCCAGGAUCUCCAAUCAGUGCUCAACCUGUCAUCAUGGCUGCACCUCCUCACCCGACAGUCCUGCCCUCAGGCCCAGGCAAAACCCUUGCUUUGAUUCCAGGCGGCAGCGGCCAAGUCCAGCCCAUCCACAUGCUCCAGAACCCCCCACAGUCUACUGUCACCAUGGUGCGCGUGGUUACCAGUGUCCCUCAAUCUUCCAACCCCCCGAAUGGGUACAGUGGCCCCUCUGUUGGAGGAGCAGAGGGCAACAGCGAGCUCAGAGCCCAGCAAAACAGAGAGCGAGUGAUCCAGACUGUGGACAGUGCGGUGCAGGGCGGCGAGGGACGGAGCGUGGCUCUAGGUUUACAUCAACUUCCUGUUCGUCCUAUUACCCAGAAUGGCAAACACAUCGCUGCUGCUGUUGCCGCAGCAACCAGCCUUGCUAAUUCAUCUGUCCUGAACAGUCCUCUCCAGAUCUUGGCUGCCCAGGCCUCCAGCUCCCCUCCAGUGCUCGUGAGCAGACAGUCCGGUGCAGAAAGUUCAGUUGAGCAGCCAGACGAGCCCCAGGCCAAGCGGUCAAAGAUGGAGGACGAGGGUGGGAUUGAAUCUGCUCCGCAUCAAGUCACAUCUGCCCAGCAGCCUGUCAUUGUUGCCAUGACAUCACAAACCCACGACCCUAGGAAGUAAAACCCAGGCCCUCUUACCAGGUACCCACUGGACAGCCUCCUUAUCACUUCGCCUUUUGUAAUCAUUUGCUAUGACUGCAGCUGGCACGGCCAAAACAUUUACAGACGGCCUCUCUGAACCGAAGGGAUUUAAAUUGUAAGGAACAUAUUUUAGUCAAAAUGUGAGUACAGUCUGAAUUUAAAAGCAAGUAAAUCUUUCAAAACUUUUUCAGCUCUACAGUCUGUUUUGAUACAUUUUUCAGUGAUGACAAGACAGGAGGCGAAGCUUAUGAGAGUAUUAUGCAUAUUAAGUCAUUUCAGCACUACAUCGACUAAAUGAAUGAAAACAAUGUCACAUGCAAACGUUCCUCUUGAUGAGAUGUCAGUUUUCUAUGACUCGCAGGUCGACGAACUCGCAUCUCCUGUACUUCUGCUUUGAGUCAGUGCCUGAUUUAAAACCAGAAAAAGUGUGUUCAGAGAUGUGAAUGGCUUGCAUUUACAAAACAAGCUGAUGAGCAGAGUUGAAUUACUGUGUAGUUAAAUGCAGGUUUUAACUGCAGACCACAUUACAUGGGGCCUGCAAAACUUAAAAAUCUUGUACCCCUCAAGAGGCAUCGUCAGAGAAUAAAGUGAGACAGAGGAAGUCCGACUAGAAUGUAAAGCACAGAGGAAGAAAAGGGGUAUUGCUUUCGAAGAAGAGAGAGGAGGAAAUCCAGAAUUAAACAAACCAGGGUUUCUGCAGUUCCUUGCUUCACUUCAGCUCUUCAGAUUCUAGAUGAUCUGGGUGAUUGGACAGUGAAGGUGGAGCACAGAAGGGCAAAAAAGCAACUAUUUGGAGUUGAUUGAAGUGGAGUUAACCUAUUGUAGACAAUUUGUUUUUUUCCUGUUUCAGUAGUGG